CAAAUCGCCACAAACCGAACCCAGGACAGCGACGGAUCCCAGGAAAAUCAACGGGAUAAUACUCGGAACGCAGACGCAACGAGCCGGAAAAGGCAAGCAGUUUGCUGACCGCAUCGAUCAGCCGGGCCGGGGGACCAGCCAGUGGCUCAAGCUUUUGCAGUUUAAAGCAGCAGCAGGUCGAUCUUCUUCUCCGCCGUGGCAUUGGGCAUUGCCGACCGAGCUACUCUAGGUACUUUGCAAGGUUAGAGCAGCUUCUUCCAGUAGAGGAGUAGUAGUACGUCAUGCAGCGAGACCUCGCUAGCCUGGCCUGCUACUCGUCGGCAGCCGGCGCGGCGAGCUUCUUCUUGCCGCAGGCGCAGCAGCAGCCGGGUAGCAGCUCGAGUGACGUCGUCGUCGAUGGGUUGCUGGGAAGCGUCAGCGUCGGCGGCCAUGGCCAUGGCCACCAUGGUCCGCAGUGCAGCGGCGGCGCUGGCGCAUCAUGGCGUGCGGCGGGUGCGCCCGUCGACGUGGCCGGCAGCUGCGAGGAGGCGAGGAGGAAGGCUCGGCGGCUGGCGUCGAACCGGGAGUCGGCUCGGCGGUCGCGGGUGCGGCGGCGGAGGCAGCUGGAUGAGCUGUCGGCGUGCGCGGCCGAGCUCCGGGCCGACAACCAGCGGCUGGUCGUGGCGCUGAACCGCGCCGAGGCCAGGCACGCGCGGGUCGUCCGGGAGAACCAGCGGCUCCGGGAGGAGGCGCGCCGCCUGCGUGAGAGGCUCGGCGAGAGCGGCGACGACGACGAAGAAGACGAAGAAGAAGCUGCUGCCGGAAGAGCACCGUGAACAGAGCGAUCCGUACCUUACUGUGCUGUAGUAACUAACUAGGAUGACGAGGACGGACAAGGAGAUUGAUAGUAUAUAUUUGCUGUGUAUUUCUGGAUUUUUAUGUUGAGCAACGUACUUGGCACGGGAUUAAUUUUGUUCGA